AUGGCCGACCUCUUAGUCGAUGGGGCGGCCAAGCAUGAAAUUUUGUCCUUCAUGGAUGGGCACUCUGGCUAUAACCAAAUUUUUAUAGCCAAGGAGGAUGUCCACAAGACAGCCUUCAAAUGCACUGGAUCCAUUGGAACUUUUGACCAUGUGGUGAUGCCCUUCGGCUUGAAAAAUGCCGAGGCCACAUAUCAAAGGGCAAUGAGUGCCAUUUUCCAUGACAUGAUCGGUCGAAAUUUAGAAGUGUAUAUCGACCAUGUGGUCAUAAAAUCGGAGUCUAGACUAGGUCACUUAGAUGACCUUCGGUCGUCUUUCAAGAGAAUGUGGUGGCAUCAAUUGAAGAUGACCCAAAACGUGUGCUUUUGUGGUGUCCGCCGGAAUUUCUUAGGAUUCUUGGUGCACCAAAGGGGGAUUGAGAUUGAUAAAAAUAAGGCGAAGGCUAUCAUUGACGCACCCCUUCCAAAAAAACAAGAAAUGUGUGCAAAGUUUAUUGGGCCAAAUUAA